UCUGCUUGACAGCGAAUGAGUUCACUCGUAUUAUACUUUAAUAUUGAGCGUGAAAGAAACUCGGAUAAAAAGUUGUUUUAUUUAUUUUUUCUCUCUUUCUUUUUUUUUUUUUUGUUGUAAAUAAUGUGAGGAAGAAACAAAAUUGAUUCUAAUUAAGGAAUCAAUUUGUGUGUAAUUAGUUCAUUUUUUUUAUACUCGUGUGUGCGCGAUUAGUUCAUUGUUUUUUUUUUAUCUCUAGUGAUGUUUAGUUUUUAAAUUUGAAAAAAGACAUUUUUUUAAAUGUCAAGAGAGAGAAAGAGAGAGACUUACGUCUACUAAUGUUGGAUAAGAUACUGUAAUAAGGAGAAAAAAAGAAGAGAAAAAAAAGAACCUAAUCAUUAAAAAUUAUGUGAGUGCGCGAAUGAAUAAUAUUGUGAAAAUGCUUGAACUUGUCGUCGAUAAUAAAAUUCACGGCAAUUUAAAGCCAUCGAUGAUGUAUCAUACGCCAAGUUUGGAAAAUUUCGGUAAAGAUCCAAAGGAAGCAGAUUUUUUUCGACGAAAAUUAAGUCGUUCGUUUCGUGAGAAAAAAUGGAAACGAAAUAGUAAAGGAUUAUUGUGCUCAUUGGGUCAACUUGGCUGUCACGAUUAUUACAGUCCCGACACUAUUGGCACGUGGAAAUUUCACAGAGUCUCACGUCAAAGCCAUGAGGGGAUGAGCACUGGAGGAGAUGGAGGUGGAGUACAAGGAGGGGGUGGGGGACGGAAUACUCCUCCACAUGGGUCACCCACCCCAAUGGAUAAGGCAACACUAAAAGUUCAUUUACCAAAUGGAGGCUUCAAUGUAGUCAAAUUCGGAGAUGCUAUUGACGUUAAAGGCAUUAUUUCUCUGGUCACAAGUAGAUUAGCUGUCGGUACAAGACAUUAUAAACAAUUGUAUGCAAUGAGACUUCAUCAUCCUGGCUCUGGUGAAAGUUAUUGGCUACAUCAGGAUACAACAAUGUAUCAGGUGCAAGAAAAAUAUGAAAAGAAACAUCCACACAGUGAGUGGAGGUACGAAUUAAGGGUGCGCUAUCUACCUCAAAAUUUAAAUGAUCUUUAUGAAAAAGAUAAGGUCACGUUUUUCUACUACUACGAUCAGGUGCGAAACGAUUAUUUAAAUGCAAAUCAUUCGACGUUGGAUCAAGACGUUGCGGUUCAAUUGUGCUGUUUAGAAAUUAGGUAUUUUUUUAAAGACAUGCCACAAAUUGCUUUGGAUAAAAAAAGCAACUUGGAAUACUUGGAACGUGAGGUCGGUUUACACAAAUUUUUGCCACGCUCCGUAUUAAAUGGUAUGAAACCCAAAGCUUUGAGGAAACUGAUACAGCAGCAUUUCAAAAAAGUUGCUGCCCUUUCAGAACUCGAGUGUAUGUUUAAAUUUUUCGAUCUCCUACGCUCGCAUUACCGAUUUGAUCAGGAGCGUUUUAUUUGCGCUUUGGGAUCGAGUUGGUCGAUUCCCGUGGAACUAGUCAUUGGUCCCGACCUUGGAAUUUCUUAUAUGGCGCACAGAGGAGGCACUGUUCCGACGAGAAUGACGGAAUUUUCGCAAAUUCAGUCAAUUCAAACCCUCGUGUCGGACUGCAAGGAGCACACGAAAGCUUGUAUAAAAUUAAGAGUCGCAGGAGCAGCGGAAACGUUAAGCAUCACUUGCUCGAGUUUAGAUCAAGCCGAGAGUUUAGCGGAUUUAAUUGAUGGAUAUUGUAGAUUAGUCACUGGUAGUAAUACAUCUCUCUGGAAUAGAAAAGCUGCUUCAUGGAAAAAUUAUCCCUGCCCUUGCAAAGAUGCACAUCCACCCAAGUACCGACAAGAGGAAACCGAAAGUCCGGAGAAAAAUGCCGGCAAGACGGGAACAAUUUUGUCAGAGGAUUAUGCAGAAAUUGUUGACGAGGAAGGAGAUUAUUCCACUCCUGCGACGAGAGACUAUGAGAUAGUGAGAAAUCAUGUGGAAUUGGGCGAAAUAAUAGGCGAGGGACAAUUUGGAAAUGUUCAUAAAGGAUCGUAUAAAGGACGCGAUGGACAGACAAUUGCCGUUGCUGUUAAAACUUGUAAAGUCGACGCGGAUUUAGCAACAGCCGAAAAGUUUCUAGAAGAAGCGUACAUAAUGCAGCAGUUUGAACAUCCACAUAUCAUUAGAUUGAUCGGCGUGUGCUCUGAGGCUCCGAUUUGGUUAGUUAUGGAAUUAGCGAGGCUUGGAGAAAUGCGUGCCUACCUACAGUCAAAUAAACACAGACUUGAUUUGGCAACACUUUUACUCUAUACUUUUCAACUCAGCACUGCUUUGUCCUAUCUUGAGAGCAAGAAAUUCGUUCACAGAGACAUCGCGGCGAGAAACGUUCUCGUCUCGGCUCACAAUUGCGUGAAAUUGGCAGAUUUUGGAUUGAGUCGUUGGGUUGAAGAUCAGAGUUAUUACACGGCGAGUAAGUGUAAACUGCCAAUUAAAUGGAUGGCGCCUGAAAGUAUAAAUUUCCGAAGAUUUACAACAUCAUCAGACGUAUGGAUGUUUGGCGUUUGUAUGUGGGAAAUUUUGAUGUUGGGAGUAAAGCCAUUCCAGGGUGUGAAGAAUAAUGAAGUUAUUCGUAAACUGGAAAAUGGUGAAAGACUCGCUCUGCCAAAUCACUGUCCACCGAGAUUGUAUUCGUUGAUGUCCCAGUGUUGGAGUUAUGAGCCAAGCAAGAGACCAACAUUCAAAGAUAUUCGUGAAACGUUACACGAAAUUCUAUUGGAUGAGAAACAUCAACAACAGGAGACAAUGAAGCGGGAAAAUCGUCGAGUGCAAGCAAUGUCAUGGGCCGGAGCGGACGAUAUUCCACCGCCGAAACCAUCGCGUCAGCCGCCAAAUGCAGGAGAUCAAUUGCAAGCAGCGCCCGUCUCAACGUACAUCGUGGCCCAGAGUCCAGAAGUCCUGGCGCAACUCCUCAAGGACAAUCAGGCCCGGGGGGUAUGUCCCUCAGUCUAUACAACGCCCGCCACUCCAUUCAACAGUCUCGCCGUUCAAUUCCAAGACGAAGAUCAAGUCCUGACAACCGGCUCGGUUACAGACUUGCAAUUCUUCGAUCCCACCAUCGCCGAAUCAUCAUCAUCACUCCUUUCCCAUCAUGAAAACAAUUCCGCCAAUUCGACUCUCUCAGACACGAAUCUCGAUUCCUUUGAUUCAUCCGACACCAUGUCAUCCCACUUGUCCAGUCUCACAAUUUCCGAAUCCACUCAUCAAAAUCAAUCGCCCGCCUCAACCAGAAGCCAGAGGAUUAAAGAGAUGCAGAAUUUAUAUUCAGUCAGUUCAAAAGUCAUUGGCAAUAUAGCCGGCGAUCUUUAUUCCCCAGUGCAAAAAUUCGCCCCAGUCGCCACCUCGUGCAGCGCUGAAAUCUACGGCCCCGUCGCUAAUUUCUCCCAAAGUUCAGCAAUCGUCGGCAAUCUUAGUCAAAGUCCAAGUGUUGGCGGUAAUUUCGGCGAAAAUCCCGGUACGCAAUUAUCUAGUCUCAUCACACAAGCAUCGUCGUCCUCCUCAUCAUCAUCAUCACUGAUGAGUCAAUCGUUCUCCGGUCAAAUCCCAUCGCAAAAUUCCUCCAAUCUCCCCACCUCCGCCGUUGAAUGCCUCUACGGCCCAGUUCUUAAAUUUCGUGCUCAAAAUCAGGGUGAAAUUAAAUCCACAACCCCACCGAAUGUCUCGCACAUUCAAAGUUCACGUGUCUACAGUCCAACGCCAAUGCAAAGCUAUCAAACUCAAUCCCUAUAUCCCCAGAAUUAUCAAAUUUAUUCCAAUCUCCCAGGUCAGGAGCAAGUUUACGUCUCUCGCUCUCAAGUUGUGCAGAGACAAAAUUCCCAAAAUUCACAGCAGCAAAAUUAUCCCCCGGUUUCUUAUUCUCAGGCGCCAAUUUACACGGUUCAUGCGACACCAACGGGAAUUGUUCAGGCGCAAAAAAUGCAAAUGCAAAGUGCUAAUUCGCAAAUAAUGUCGCAACAGAGUCAUUUUAAUGUUUCGAAUUCAAGCGCAUCGGUUGCUAUUCUACAGCAACAGCAACAGCAACAUCAGCAUCAUCAUCAUCAUCCACAGCAUCAACAGCAAAUGAUGCCAAUUUGCCGACAAAAUUUACCGCCACAACAGAUGGCGAAUGUCAUUACUGGCAAGGCAAUUACGAAUUUCAUUUUACAAAAGACAGACGAUUUAUUGACGACUUCCAUUGACGGAAUUAUGUCCGGCUCGCUGGUGUCCUCGGCAGUCAGCGACAGUACAGUGUCAUCGUGCAGUUCCAUGACUGAAGAAGUUCAGCAUGAACAGAGAAACGCACAAUCGCAAAUAUUCGAGAGUAGCGGAGAAAUUUUCAAUACCGGACUGGAGGAGGAAGCAAAACUUUUGGAGAAACGAUUAUUGGAACAGCAACGUCAAUCAGAGGAGGACAGUCGAUGGCUUGCGCGUGAAGAGAAACGACUUUCGAUCGCAACGAGCGGUGAUGAAAGUGCGAGUCCUCCAAUUCCACGAUCAGUGACUCAGUCUCCUAGUCAUGAACCUCAUACAACAAAUACUGGAUCUCUAGGAUCGGACAAAGGAUCUGAAAAAGUUAUAAUUGUCAAGAAAAUGGAACCAACGCCAACUGCAGAUCUCGAUAGAACCAAUGAUAAAGUUUAUGACUGUACAACAUGUGUGGUUAGAGCUGUAAUGUCCUUAUCACAAGGCGUUCAACAAAGUAAAGCGGACCAAUAUUUGGAACUAGUGAGAAGAGUAGGAAUCGAAUUACGAUCACUUCUUUCAUCUGUAGACAUUCUAGUCGAAAUUCUACCAGUUUCUGCUCAUCGAGAAGUUGAAAUGGCCCACAAGGUUCUCAGUAAGGACAUGCUGGAACUUGUUUCCUCCUUGAGACUCGCUCAAAAUUAUAGUGCAACAACUCUCGACGCCGAAUAUCGAAAGGGAAUGCUGUCAGCGGCACACGUUCUGGCGAUGGACGCAAAAAAUCUCUUGGACGUGAUUGAUUCGAUUCGAAUACGCUAUCCGUACGUUGACAAUCAAAUUUGUCAAAGGCAAAAUGACACUUUCAUUCGAGGUUCAACGCCCGAGAAUCGAAUUCGCUCGAGUCAGUCGGGCGAACAUCUUCUUAGGAGAAGUCAGUCGAGUGAGAGACAAGUUCACACCUUCCGACAAAGUCAGAGUGGCGACGUCUUGCAUCGUAUGGGUCAAUCAGUUGAUCGUUCAUUGCAGGACAGUCAAUCGGACUCGAGUGCAGUCUCAAGUUUAGAGAGACGUCAUCAUAUGGUGACAAAUAGUCUCGAGAGAAAUUCAACGACACGCAGACAAAUGGCAACAAAUAGUCUUGAACGUAAACGUCCCUCUCUAUCAAUUGGCACUGGAAAUUCUGUCAAUCUCCCACCAAUGGUUCCAGUCUCUUGUAAUAUAGUUCAAACGAAAGCGCCAAUAAUUCAUCCAAGCACAACAUUAUCGUCAGAAGUCGCGCAAUCAGUUUUUGCGUUGAAUAAUAAAGUUGUCAAUGAAUCGCAACAAGAGAGCUAGCAACAAGGAAGCGCGCGAUGAGUACAAUUUUAAAUUUCCAUAACGAUUCCAUUUUUUUAUUUAAUUACCUCAAUAUUGAAAAUUCGACACAAUUUUAAUUAUUUUCAAAUUGAAUAAUUUUCAGAAUUUUUUUUUUAUUUUCAAGACGUAAAUCAUUUUUCUUGAAAACGUACUUAUUUAAUAGGACAGUAUUCGUUAUUUGUAGAUCGUGUCUUUAGAUAAUAAGUUAUAAAAAAAAACUAGUGUGUACUGUAUCGAAAUCAGCACUCCAAAGCUUUAGGAAGUACAGUUAUUAAUAUUUUUUUUUUUUUGUUAAAACGAUGAUGUACCAAACUCGAAUGCGGACUGACACAAACGAGUCUAGUUUAGUAUAUAAAUAUUAUAUAUAAAAUAUAAAUUUCAGGGGCAAAAGAAAGAUUUUUCAUUGUCCUGGAUUUUGUUUCUGAGAAAGAAAAAAGCAUUUUACGAAAAGAAAGAAAGGAAAAAAAAUUGUUGCUGUCGUUGAAAGUUUUACGGUUUUAGGUCUAUGUCAUCUCCUAAGUUGAUUCUAUAUUAGAUAUUUAUCGAAAGAAUGGAAAAAAGUACAGUAAUUAAUAUAAUGACAACAAAUUUUUAUUUUUGAAAAAUUUCAGGAAAAAUUUUUUUUUCUAAAUUGAAAGCAAAGGAGAAUUUUAAUUUUGUUUCUAUUCAGAAAAAAAUGUUUUAAAUUUUUUUAAAAUUUCAAUCGAAUAAAAGAAUAUUACGAUUUUUUCUGGGCGGACAUUUUUUUUUACUCUACGAACUGAAAAGAGAGAAAAAGUGUAAAAGAAGAAAAAUGGGACUGAAUGUUAUUUUUAAUUAAACUAUUAUUAGAUGGAAUUUUUUAUAUAAAUGUACAAGUUUGUGGCGUUUAUACAGAAUGUUUUGUAAAAUGUGGAAAAUGUUUUUUGACGCGUUAGUUCCUACGAAAUAUUUUUCAGCUAUUUUGUAAAAGAAAAAAUCCACUUUACAAUUUUAUGGUUGUCGAAAGAGAUAAAAAAGAAGAUUUUUAAAAAAAGGGAGAAAGAAAGGAAAAGAUAGAAUUACAAUUUAAGAAUUCGAUAUUAGAGAUGGGCAUCGAAUUUUCGAGUCUUUACAAUAAAUUUUUUUUAAAUUUAAUACUUAUAACAAAUUUUAUUUCGAAAAAAACAAUUUUUGAAUUUUUAACUAUUAUCUUACUCUCAGUAAGAGUUUUUACCUAUUUUUCGAUUUAAUUUUGAAAAUUUUUUAAGAAAACUCACUCGAAAAUGUAUUUCAUUUUCAAAAUAUUAAAAUUACGAAUUUUAAUCGAAUUUUAACUCUAAUUGAAAAUGAAAAUUGCACAUCUCUAGUCGUUAUGUUCCUGAGUAAAACGCCUUUUGUGCAGCAUAGAUAUUCUUAGUGUUUCCUUAAAUAAAAAAAAUAUAUAAUCUUCCACAUUUUUCUAGAAGAGAAACAAAUAUUUAUUCCGUAUUUUUUCCUUAUUUUUUCGAAGAUUGAAAUCUUCACGAAAUAAUUUCAUUCUAGAAAAAUGUGAAUAAUUUUUUAUUUAUAAGCUGCAAAAACUCGAGUUUUUAUAUAAAAAAAAUAUAUACGCUACGCACACUAUAAGAAAAAUAUUUGUGCCAAGUCACAAAAAAAAAAUUCGCAGUAGAAAAAUAAGUUCAGUGACUAAAAGAAAAAAUACAAGCAGCAUUCUUCCUAAUUAGACGCUUGAAAAAAUUUUUUUCCAUAAUAUCAACGCUGCUAUCGUGUUAAAAAAAACAAAUAAUAAAAAAAAAUUUCACGAAA